UCGACUAUAAGGCGACGUCCACGACAGCUCGUGUGCACCUUCUGCCCCGACGCACUGUAGAAGCGAUAACCGCUCUACCCGCAUUUCUGUUCCUGAUUUCCAGAACGCUUCCGAGGAUACAUACCAACAUCCAGAUAGCCAACAUGCCGAUUGCGACCGAGGUUUCGCCCCGCGGCUCGUGCGCAACGGAGAGCCAGCCGCUCCGCCAAAUCGUCACGCAGGAUCUCCAGCGCGGAUCCCCCGCACCCCGGUUCGAAGUCGAGAAGCCGCGCGGCCGCUCGCUGUCCCCCGUGCGCUCGCGUGUAGCCGCCGCGCAAGCGGCCGCACAUGCACCUGCGCCCGCACCCGUUCCCGCCCCCACUUUCGCGUCCGCCUCCACCUCGACAACCACAUCCGCGAGCGCAUCCACAUCAACCCCGGCGCCUGUGGAGAAGUACGUCGCGCCGCCGCUCACAUGGCGCACUGCUGCUCAGGACGCGAAGGCGGGGAUCUACUACACCAAAGACGAGUUUCCGUCCUCGAGCUUCCUGCCCCCGCCGUUCUCGCGCGAGCCGGUCCAGGUGCACGGCGGCGAGCGCGUCGAGGUGCUCCAGGAGGUCGACGAGUAUGCCGUGCGCGUGCGUGUUCUCAGGACCGGUAUGACGGGCCUGAUUCCGGCGUGGAACACGGAGGGAGCGCUGGACAGGCUGACAAGGAUCAACACGGCGUUCAACGAAGCAGCCACCUGCCCUACUGAAGCUCGCGCACUCCGGCGUCGCUUCAGCGAGUCCGCGGCCGUAAGCCACAACUCGGAAGACACCCACUACCCCAGUCCAACGCCGUCCGCGGACCCCUCCCUGGCGCACGUGCACUCGCGCUGCAUCUCGUUCACCACGCGCGUCCGUUUCGGCGAGUUCUACGCAAACCCGAGCGCCUUCGAAGACUCCUCGAGCUCGGACUCGGAUGACCCGGAUACCCCGCAGUCGCCGUCGGAGCCGGAUGCCGCGCGCGGACGUAAGCUGCUGUACGCAUGCGCAGAGCCCGGCGUGUACCGCGCGCCCUCGCGCACGCUCGAAGGUGGAAUCUCCGCACGGUCACAGUCGGCGGCGCGCAAGUCGGUGGUAUUCCCGAAGACCGAGCGGCCGCAGGUUGUGUUCCGGUACCCAUCGGAGGAGCUGGUGGAAGUGCUCCACGAGGAGAAGCGCGAGGGCUCCGUCGAGGAGGAGGAUGAGGACGACGAGGAGUGGUGGUGGCAUGGGUGGGAGGAGCCUCUGGAGGAGUCCGACUCCGAAUCCGCCGCAGAGGAAGAGCAGCGCGGGCGGACGUUGGAGGCGAAGACGACCGCGGGGGGCGCGGAUGCGAUGCAAGGUGUUGUCGACCAGGACGGCCUUUCGCGUUGGCUCGUCGCUAUCCAGGAGGAGGAGCAAUAAUGGCUCUCACUCCUAUUCCGCCCUCCCAUAUCCCAACACACCCUCGUCGCGCCCGCGGAUGACUAGGGAGAAAAGCCGGUCGCCAGUGCAGCAAAAUGCACUUCGACGGGCCUUGCUCCGCAUUCACGCAUAUUUGAAUUUUUGCUUGGGCUUGCGCACGGACAUACCAAUGUACAUAUACGAUCCCCCACCCGCACCAGACCCCUGUACAUAUGCUUUUGCUCUCGCGCUCUUGACACUGUUGUACCAACUCCUACUCGUAGCUAUUUAUACCCUAAUGAACAUUUUGUCUUGCAUUUCU